AUGUCAAACGUGGGAGACUACACUGCAGUUCGCGAAGACAUUAAAAAGAUUCUUCCUCAACCAGGCUAUGAUGAUGGCUCAGCAGGGCCAGUAUUAGUGAGAUUGGCUUGGCACGCUUCAGGAACCUACGAUGUGCAUUCAAAGACAGGUGGCAGUGAUGGAGCAACAAUGAGAUUCGCCAUGGAAGCGAAUGAUCCUGCUAACGCUGGAUUAGACAAAGCGAGGGCUUUCCUAGAACCGAUUAAACAGAAACAUCCUUGGAUAAGCUAUGCCGAUUUAUGGACAUUGGCGGGAGUUGUCGCUAUUGAAUCCAUGGGCGGUCCCAUUGUCCCUUGGAAACCAGGACGUAGUGACAAGACAGCCGAAGAUAGUUGUCCGCCAAAUGGUCGUCUUCCCGACGCUGCUCAAGGCGAACAACAUAUACGUGACGUUUUUUAUCGAAUGGGGUUCAAUGAUCGAGAGAUUGUAGCUUUAAUUGGAGCGCACACAAUUGGUCGCUGUCACGCGGAUCGUUCGGGGUUUGUGGGACCUUGGACUUAUACGCCUACACGCUUCUCUAACCAGUUUUUCAUUCAACUUGUCAAACAGAAUUGGACGCCCAAGACAGUGAACGGCCAGACACAAUACAAAGACGAUGCCGAUGAGCUCAUGAUGCUUCCGGCUGAUUUGGCUCUCAUUAAGGAUCCCAAGUUUAAAGAAAUCGUUGACAUUUACGCUCAAGACAAACAAGCUUUCUUCAACGAUUUUGCAUCAGCAUUUGGAAAACUGUUAGAACUCGGUGUUGAUCGAAGUUCACAGGCAAAACUGUAG